AUGCUGAGACCGGUACACUACGUAUUUUCCACCUGCACGGUAGGAAGGCAAGUGUGGGAUAGUCAAAGAGAGUGUGGAUGGUUGGGUUGGGCGCACGGGUCAUCAACGGGCCGGCCAAUCGAAGGCGGCGUCCGUCAAGUCAACUGCUCUGCUCUGCUCUGCUCUGCUCUGCUCUGCUCUGCUCUGCGCUCAGUGCUCACCCUGGUACGCCUUGGCUUGGCUCGCUCGACCCUCCACGCCCGGCUGCUCUGCUCUGCUCCCCGACCUUCCUCGUCUUCUUUCGCUUCUCGCUCCCUCCUCCCCCUCUCUCCACCCAUCACGCCGCCCGCCACACUCCCCCUCAAGGGCGCUCACCCCUCCACCAUGCACAAGAUAUCCAACUUCACCGGCCAGGCCCGGCACGGCUGGGAGAAGAUGGCCCCCUCGACUGGCUUCUCGUUCUCGAGGUCCAACCACGAGAUGCCCGUGGCAGCUCCGAUCAAGCGCCCAUCAACCGCUACCUCUGCCCCGCCUGUCAUCCCCCCGGGCACCCUCGUCAAUCUCUCCUUCAACGUGCCCUUUUCCUCCAACCUCGCUGGCCCAGACCCCGACGACAUCAUGUGGGCGAGUCCUGGAGCAAAGGCUCGAUGGACUCAUCCGGAAGGCACGGCAGACGCUGCUACGCCCACGCACAAGCUGCCUGUCCACGCCCAAAAUGUCGAUAAUCUGCGCAACCUAUGUCGAGAGAUGAGCGAGCAGGGCGAGGGACGCGUCGUCCAGGCUACCGUCACCUCGGCCGAGUCCAAGCCAUUGCCAGGCCUGCAGCGCGGUCCCUUGCGAGCACUCGUCACCAAUGUCUGCCUGUCUGGCGAGCUGGAGAUGGUCAACUCGAUGCGGUGCAAGAUCUUGAAUUCCACGCCCAUCUCUCUGCGCUCGUCAUUUGUCGACAUUGACUCGAACCUCAUCAUCGACCCAGCCUCGCAGCAUGUCAAGGGCCCGGUGCUCCAGCAGCUCGAUCUCAUUGCCAAGACGACCAAGGCUGACAUCUUCCUCCUCAUGCCCAAGCAACCGGACAUUGAGACGGCGAGCUUCCAUGGCAACAUCGAUACUGGCAUGGACCCCCGUCUGCGCUGCGCCAUCUACGGAGACUUGGAGACGAUGGAGCACGCCAAGACGCGUGUCCUGAUCAUGAUUGACCAGAUUCUCAAGCGAUAUGUCGACACGAUGAAGCUUGAACUGACCAUGCACACGUUGAUUUGUGGGCGUGGACGCAAGAACAUCAAGAUGAUUGAGUCGGCUACAGGAACCGCCAUUUACUUCCCGCCGCCGUUUCCCCGCCUGUUUGGUUACACGCCUCCCGGUGCACAGCGCAGACCUGAUGACCUGGUCUACAUCACAGGGGAGAACUCGGAGAAUAUCCUUCGUGCCAAACAGCGCCUGCAUGACCUCGUCAUGUCCACCAAGGUCUUUGUGAAGCCCGUCAUGGUGACCGACACCAAGCUCGAUGCUAUCCUGCUCGAGCGUCUUGACAAAGUGCGCAAAAUCAUCGAGAACAACGGCUCCUACAUUCUGCUGCCCCCUCUGGGUGUCCAGCGAGGUGUGGUCCGAGUGCAAGGCACGGAUGUCUUGCAUGUCGAGCGGACUGUGCGCGAACUGAUGCAGCUUGCCGGUCAAUUCUACAGUGCUUCGUGGUUCAUCACGCAUCCUGACCCCACCCAGCGCCCGCCUACCCAGGCCGAUGUCCGUGCUAUGCUCUCUGAUAUCUGCAUCAACUCUGGCGCCGAAGUCAGCUUUGAGAAGCUCAACUUCCACAUCUACGGAUCGGAUGAUGCUGUUCGGGCUGCAUUGAUGGUCAUCAGCAACAUUCCCUUUGUCAAGAAGUCGCAGUACAAUAUGAGCGUCAAGAUUGAGCUUGCCAAUGAACACAAGGAAUUCGUCAGCGGCAAGAAGAAUGGCAAGAUCAACAAGAUCAUGAGCCACAGCAGCGUGCAAAUCGUCUUCGAUGGCUUCAACGAGUACAACUUCUACAUUGUCGUCCGUGGCGCUCAGUACGAAGCGACCAAGAGCGGUCUGGAUUUGGUUGAGCAGGAGAUGCCUGCGUCCAUCUCGUUCCAUGUGCCUGAUCAGUACCACAAGCGCAUCAUCGGCAUUGGUGGCCAACACAUUCAACGCAUCAUGAAGAAGUACUCGGUCUUUGUCAAGUUUUCCAAUGCCAUGGACCGUGGCGGCUUUGGCAAAGAAGAGGAUGACAUCAAGGUCGACAAUGUCAUUUGCCGUACGCCCGCACGCAAUGCUCAAAACCUUGAUCUAGUCAAGCAGGAAAUCAUGGACAUGGUCGAAAAGGCCGAUGCGGAGUUUGUCUCUGAGACGAUCAAUAUCAACCGCUUGUAUCACCGGGAGCUCAUCGCACGUCUCGACAAGAUUGAUGAGUUGGAGAAGAAAUUCAACUGCAAGAUCACCUUCCCUAGCACCGAGGAAGCUAGUGAUAUUGUCACUGUCUCUGGCCCUGAGUACCAGGUGCCAUUGGCGGUGGAUGAAUUCCUGGGCAUGGUUCCUGAGUCCCAUGAUCUCGCCUUCCCCGCAUCUGCUGACCUCAGCGAACAUAUCCGUUCUCCCGAAUUUCAGACGGACAUCAUCGAAAAGUUGAAGACUCAGCACGUUGUGGACGCUCAGCUAAAGGACGCUCAGACUGAAACUCAUGAUGGAAAAGAGGAGCAAAUUGAGACGUUUCAUCUUGUCUUUACUAGGAACAACGCUGGUGGGCUCAAGGAUGCCAUUGAUUUCCUCCUCAAUCACUUGGUCAUGCAUGGCCUGGACACCAACACCGUUCGUGGUGCCCUCCCACGACCCAAAUCCGAUUCCUUUGAAGACUCUCUACCCUUCUUCGAAUCCAAGUUGCUUCAACGCGCUGAGCCGGCCGUUGAUAGCACCGACUCUCCCACCCGCUCCCACUUCGGCGACGAUGAGCCCCGUGGCAUGCUCGACAGGCUUCGCAAGCCUGGAAGCAUGUCCUCUUUCACUUCCAUCUUCAAUGGACGAAAGAAUACCAACUCUCCCGGCUCCCUUUUCAAGCAUGCUUCCAGCAAUGCUUCCAAGGCAUCCCUUGCCAGCCUCGAAUCCACUGGCAGCUACCGCAACCCAUGGAACGACAGCGGCAUCAAUCUUGCGGAUGACGAGCACCAUACCAAUGGUUGGUCUAUGCCAACUCCACGCUUUGAAUCCAAAUUUCCUUUUGGUUCUUCUUCAGCGGCGUCUGGGGACGUGACCCCCAGGUACGACCCGCGGGGCUCCGUGGACAGCGGCCGCCCCAGUACUUCUCAUUCUGCAUCUGGAUACCCGGCCCCUAUUGGGCCUCCUCGUUAA